UGUGUUUAGUUUCACUUCCGCACUCUGCCGCGGUCCGCAGCCUGUUAGCCUGCUAGCCUGUGGGAUGCAACUUCGUGCAUUUUUGAGGAAAAGCGCGUUUAUCAUCCAGGGCAGAAAAACAUGCAGCCAGUAAUAUUCAUUUAGAACUCGAGGCUGCGUUCGGAUUGACUUUAUUUUAUCUGAAACAUCAAAAUAACAGCUUUGUUCUUGAUUAAGUAAACCAGGAAGCGACGUUAGCGUGAGGAAGCACACUUCAUCCUCAACUGGCUAUAUUUUUAAGCUGCUGUCAGCUUCUCUGUAACUAGGAAAGUACAAUCUCAGAAGUCAUGGAGGUGGUCAGUAGUCACAGUGGAGGGUCCUUCCUGAUCUGGACAAUGACUGUUCAGAUGAUCCUGUGUGGGAGUGGAGUUUACACUACCGAGAGUACCAAAAGCUGCCAACUGUUAUCCGAGUCUGAGUCAGAACGGAAAGUCCUCAAUCGACUAGAGCCGCUUGCCAAUAAGAACUUUACAGUUGAGACCAAGGAUGGAGAUGACAGUUACACAUAUGUGUUCCAGUUGUGUGGCGAUGCAGGGGGUAUUCCAGGAGCUGGGGUUGUUCAGUUUGACAAAAAGAAACCAGAAGCUAAACCAAAAGUGAUUGGCAUCUAUUCUGCAACACAGGCCAUUGGAGGAAGUGACUGGGUGAUGCUGAUCUACAAGAACGGCACCGCAUAUGGUGAAUUCUGCGGCAAGGAAAUGAGAAAAGCCUAUAUCAUGAUCUCUUGCAACAGGAAAGUGGACGUGGGCCCGCUGGAUGUCGUGCUGGAGAACAGGGAAAGAGUGCACGAGUGCUUCUACCUGUUUGAAAUGGACUCCAGUGCAGUGUGUCCACCUGUUCAGUCCCAGCUCAGCACUGGCUCCAUACUACUCAUCAUUGGAUUCUGUCUUCUGGCUGUUUACCUCACUGGAGGUUUCCUCUACCAGCGACUGAUUGUUGGUGCCAAAGGGAUGGAGCAAUUCCCGAAUUACGCUUUCUGGGUAGAGAUGGGCAAUCUGACAGCGGAUGGAUGUGACUUCAUGUGCCGUUCACGAAACCGUGAAGAGGCCCCGGCAUACAGAGGCGUGGUCGCAGAACCUUUGGAAGAAGAGCCAGAGGAGAGAGACGACCACUUACUACCUAUGUGACCUCGAAGCGUUAGAAAUUGGACAGAAAGUUUCACUGUGUCACACAGUUCUCUUUCACAGGUUAGAUGAAGUUGCUGUUAGACACAAGUCUUGUUUUUCUUGUGCUGGUUUAGGUUAGGACUUGUUGACACUUAAUGUGUUGAUUCCAGACUUGUGCCUAGGGCAACUAGUGUGUCAUGUGCUUGCCACUAAAGAGGCAUGUUACCCAUAGGGCUGACAGACCUGUCAACUCAUCCUACCCCCCAGCAUUUCAUUCAACUGUUUGAUAUCAAACAAGUGAAUGAUUCCCCCAAGAUUAGAGAGUGAGUCUUCUUCCAUGGAAAUCUGGCACAAGAGAUUAAGAAGUUGGAUUUCUACAUGAUACACAUGAUACAAAAGCGUCAUGUUUUUCUGCUUAGCUGAUGAUUGAUUGUAGUUUGAAGUUGGUGCAGGUUGAAACAAGCAAGUGUUCCUCUUGCAGGGGUCUUGGUUGUGCACUGACAGAUUACAAAACACACAAGUGCUUUUGGUUUUGUCAUUUGACUUUAAUCAAUGUUUUGUCAUGAAAGUUCGAAACACAACACGAGAACGUAAAUAUUGCAGUCCUGUGGCCAUGCUUACAGCCUCGCUACACACUGAAAUCAAAGUCACUGUAAAAACUAUAGCUUGACUGAAUUUGAUCUGUACCAUUAUCCUUUAUUCCACAUUGUAGGGAAAAGCUUCUACAUGAGUGUUACUAUUUCAAUAAUGAAAACCAAUGAAAGGUCAACAAUGGUAUUUAAGGCAUCCAAAUAAAAUCAAAAACCUGCCAGUUGAAAAAAAAGAAUGAAAAGUAAGCUUGAUGAAAAACAAUAUUCACAUGUUAAGACAAAAUUAUGAUACAAAAGUCCUAAUUAUGAUAUAAGAUAUUGGAUUUUAGGUAAAAGGUGAAAUUAUGAUGGCAAAAUUCUGAGAGUUGAAACUCUGAAAUAAAAGUUGUAGUGAUGAGAUAAAAAUGUCAUCAUCCAUCUCAAAACUUUGAGUCAUUAUGACUCAGAAUAUUUAUAUAUAUGUAUUUUUUUUAUUUCAUCAAGGCAGUUCUUUUUUUCUUCAUCUGGGUUAAGUAGGCAUCAAUAUUAAACCGUUAUUGGCAAUUUAUGUAUUAAUUCUGCUUAUGCUAAUAGUUAUAAUUUAUUAUUCCAAAAAGGUAUAUACUGUAUGUAACAUAUGCACUUGUAUUUUCUUAGGAAGAAUGAACAUUGGCAUGCAAAAGACCAACGUUCAUAAACACAAAACUAUAGUGAGUAACUUUGACCUGUCAUGAUAAAACGGACCCAAACACCAGAUGAGCUGUUAGGCAAGAGUAGAUUGUACUUUGUUUUUCAACCAAAUAUUCAGGCCGCUUCAUGUCUGAUGGAGGAUAGAGCAGCAAUGAAAGCACUUAAUUUUAGUAGAAAUGUUACAACUCUGAGGAUAUCAAUAAUGAGGUUUGGAAUAUUUUUUUUAGACAUUUCCAGUUAUUAAUGUGAAAGUUUUGGACCUUGAUGGAAAACUUGUGUUACCAGUUACUUUUGUAUUGUCAGUGUGAUCACUUGCGUUUGUUUUGGUUUGUUUCUAUCACUUCCUUAUUGUGUUUGUUAAACUUGAUAUUUCUUUGCUUAGUUCAGCGAACCAGCUCCCAAACCUGACAUGGUAAAGACGGUUACACCUACUGUUGCUGUGAAACGAACACUCGCUAGAUUGAUAUAAUUACUUGUUUGGUUCGACAAUGAUUUGGAGCCACAAACCUUUUUUUUUGUUUGUUGUCUGAGUCCAUCAAAAAUAAACAAUGACAGAAGUUUUACGCACGCCCAUUGUAGUGGUGAACUCAGUACACACCCAAGUGCACUCACCUUUUGGAGAUUUAAUGGAUGUAAAAAUGUUUUAAUAAAAAACAUUUCAUGCAGAACACAUUUUUA